UUCUAAAAAUCAUUCGUUCAAAACCAAAAGUUAUACAAAUGACGAAUUCUAUAAAAUAUGUUCUUCUCUUCUUAACUUUGCUCUCUCUACUGUCAGUCUCUAACCUCGUUCAGGCUUCUCGUGGUGGUGGCAGACUCCAUCCCCAAGAUUGCAGACCGAAGUGUAAUUACCGUUGCUCGGCAACAUCACACAAGAAGCCAUGCAUGUUCUUUUGCCUUAAGUGUUGUAGCAAAUGUCUUUGCGUUCCUUCUGGCACUUAUGGAAACAAGCAAAACUGCCCUUGUUACAACAAUUGGAAGACCAAAGAAGGCCGUUCAAAAUGUCCUUAACUUCUUUUUUAUAAGCAAGUAAACUUUGUAUCAUCGGUCACCUAUAUCGUUUAGAUAUGUGUCUGCUAAUUAGUAGACUCUACUUGUCUUUACUUUCUCGUUUGCUCUUAUCGAUUGUUGUGCUAAGAUGUUAUAUAAGUUCUAUGUUAGGCCUAAGUAUUAUGGUCCCUUUAAAUUAUUACUCAAAGCCUUGCAUUUUUUUCUCUCA